AUGGCUCUCUCUCGAAUUAAGGGUCGCCUUACGUCAUCUUCAUCCGCGCAACCACCAUCUCCGAUGCCAAAUCCCAGGGUAUCCUCUCGCUCCGAUCCUCCGUUCAACAAUUACGCUGACAAACUGAAGAACAUUCCGGAAUUUGAUCUGCCGGACGACAUGAACAGACUACCGGUUGCCGAUGUGGAAUACCGGUUAAUCAAAGCUAAGGACAAGAAUUCGAUCCAAAAGAUGUUGGAUUCUGCCGUUAAGUUUGGGAUGUUUCAGGUAAGCGGUCAUGGGAUAUCGCCAGAGGAGCUGAAUGCAGCAUUCACCGAGGCAGAAUUCUGUUUUGGAUUGUUGGCAGAAAGAUGGAGCCGCGACGGUGACAGGGAGGAGUUUGCUUGGUCUCGAUCCGCCAUGGUGGCCGCGCAACGGAGGAAAGAGGUUAAAAAUGAUCAACAGUUUCAUAUGUUUAGACAAAAAAUGGAUAAUAUAGCAAAAAAGCUGGAAGGAGUUGCAAAAGAUGUGGCUCAGAUUAUUGCAAGUAAUGGUGGUAAGAAGCCUCGGAAGAAAAUCAAGGAAAAUGAAAUAAGAAUGACGUUGUUCAAGCAUUGUAACUCAUCUCUGCAGCCUCACACUCCACGUUCAUGUCAAACUCCGAGUGCGAUGGAUGGGCCAAGACGUGAUUCGGCCACAUUUGCUCUCGGGCUUCACAUCCCGACCGACUGUGGAGAGUUUCGUCUCUUGUCUGAUGAUGGACCCUACUCAUUCCGCGCCUACCCUAGCACCAUUGUCUUCACCAUUGGAGAACAAAUGCAGGAAUGGAGCUAUGGGGAGUUCAGAUCUGUAUUUGGGGAGAUAAACAUAGAACCAGAUAUUCAAGAUGAAAAGGGAGCAUACUCAAUUGAACUCAAGUGCUCACCUACGGUUCUAAAUGAGGCAGUUGAUAAAAAUGACAGCAUCUCCAUAACUGAUCAGAUCAUAUUUGUAGUCGUAGUUGCCAUUGUUUACAAACUAUUUACCUAUUUGCUUUCUUGAUUUCCUUCCUUGUCAAAGAAGGCUAAUUACUUGCCAUACAAUUUUGGCCUGCAAUUCGGUCGAAGCUCAUGCUAUAUGCUUUCUUAUGGCCAAAACCAAACAAGUAGAAGGCUUGCAUUGCUAUAAUUGUAAUAGAUUGUGUCUAAAACCACUUCUGAUUUUUUUUUUUAAUUUAUGUUUUUUCAUUUGACUUGUUAGUAUUUGGUUGACUAUGUAAUAAGAAAUAUUCAAUGAGUAUAUUAUUAUUUGUUAUAAAGAAUUAUAUUUAGA